CUUACGUUGUUUUUGUCUACGAUUGAAACAUUUAGCGGAAUUUCCAGCUGAAUUGGCAAAUGCUUUAUUUGUUAUUCAGGCAUAUGGAGUAGGAAUGGAGGCGGAAAGCUGUGUCGCCAGUUGUGGAAUCCUGUAAAGGAUAUUUAGGCCUGUUAUAUCUGAGACGGACGUCUUCUCUUCAGACCUGCAGUCACCUUGCGUCUUCCAUCAUGGCGGUGAACGGCACGGCAGACAUCUUGAGCUCUGCCUACCUAGCAGUGGAGUAUGUAGAUGCAGUGCUUCCAGAAAACCCCUUCCAGCCCUCGCUGGAACGUGCCUGGGGCUACAUGUUGGACAACUACACCAAGUUCCAGAUUGCCACCUGGGGGUCGCUCAUCGUCCAUGAGUUCAUCUAUUUCCUUUUCUGCCUACCUGGUUUCCUCUUCCAGUUCAUGCCCUUCAUGCAGAAAUACAAGAUCCAACAGGACAAGCCGGAGACUUGGGAGAAACAGUGGAGAUGUUUCAAGAUGCUGCUGUUCAACCAUUUCUGUAUCCAGCUGCCUUUGAUCUGUGGGACUUAUUACUUCACUGAAUUCUUCAACAUCCCGUAUGACUGGGACUCCAUGCCGCGCUGGCCGUACCUCCUGGCUCAGUGCUUUGGUUGUGCUGUUGUUGAAGACACCUGGCACUACUUCCUCCAUCGCCUGCUGCACCACCGCAGGAUCUACAAAUACAUCCACAAAGUCCACCAUGAGUUCACUGCUCCGUUUGGCAUGCAGGCAGAAUACGCCCAUCCCGCUGAGACUCUCAUCCUGGGAGCUGGUUUCUUCAUUGGCAUCAUGAUCUUCUGUAACCACGUGUUCUUCCUGUGGGCCUGGGUGGCUUUCCGCCUGCUGGAGACCAUUGACGUCCACAGCGGUUAUGACAUCCCUCUGAACCCUCUCCACCUGAUCCCGUUCUAUGCCGGCGCUCGUUUCCACGACUUCCACCACAUGAACUUUGUCGGGAACUACGCCUCCACCUUCACCUGGUGGGACAAGCUACUGAAUACAGACAACCAGUACAGCAAGUACAUGCAUAAACAGGGUGGAGACAAGAAGGAGCAGUAAACCACUCACACCUACGUUCACUCUCACACCCCUGGUUUGUCUGAAGGAGGGACGAGGCAGUGAGUGUCACAGUGAGCACACAAACAGUUGCUGCUUUCCUCACAGUACACUUAAUAAAACAAACACACACACACUAUAAAGUUGUACUGUAAAUUGAUCAGCUCUACUGUGGUUUGAUCUGAAUCGGACUGCAUGUUGACUUUAGUCCACCUUCUGUGCCUUUCCGCAAAAGAAGUAUUGUUGUCUGCUUCUGUCAACAGCUGCUUGCUGAAUAAAACCAUAAAACCAACAUCCUCAUUUUGAUUUGUUGCUUUGCGAUGUCAUUAAACGAAGAUAAGGUUGUACCACAACCUUUUCUUGUGAAAUGCUUCUGUAUACCUCUGAAUGUCUCAGCACUUUAGCGCUUCCUUCUCGAGUUUGAACUGAAUCACGAUGACAGUUUUUACUCUCUUAAAAUGCAGUUCAGUAGGAACUCUCUAAACACUCAGUGCUGACUUCUGAAACGAGUCAGGCAUGUUUGAUACAACCCCAUGUAUAUUUUUGAUGAAAGGGGUUUGGCUCAUAUGGAACUUCCAGGUUGUUCAAUCCUAUUUUGUUUAAGACUGUAACAAGAAUUAAAUGCUGUUUUAGUUUUUACAAAAAGAAACGUUGAACAUGU